UCGGUGCCCGCAGUGCCGGGUCGUUCCGCGCCCGCCGGGUCCCGCCGCUGCCGUUGCCGCCGCCGCCGCCGCCAUGCGCAGCCGGAGCAACUCGGGCGUGCGGCUGGACGGCUACGCGCGCCUGGUGCAGCAGACCAUCCUCCAGCACCAGGACGCGGUCACCGGCCUGCUCCCCGCCAGCGCCGACCACCGCGACGCCUGGGUCCGGGACAACGUCUACAGCAUCCUGGCCGUCUGGGGGCUGGGCCUGGCCUACCGCAAGAACGCUGACCGCGAUGAGGACAAGGCCAAGGCCUACGAGCUGGAGCAGAGCGUGGUGAAGCUGAUGCGAGGGCUGCUCCAGUGCAUGAUGAGACAGGUGGACAAGGUGGAGGCAUUCAAGUACAGCCAGAGCACCAGGGACUGCCUCCAUGCCAAGUACAACACCCACACCUGUGCCACUGUGGUGGGGGACCACGAAUGGGGUCACCUACAGAUGGAUGCCACCUCCCUCUACCUGCUCAUGCUGGCACAGAUGACAGCUUCAGGCCUCCACAUAAUUCACAGCCUGGAUGAAGUCAACUUUGUCCAGAACCUCGUGUUCUACAUUGAGGCAGCCUACAAAACAGCGGACUUCGGGAUCUGGGAACGCGGGGACAAGACGAACCAGGGCAUCACCGAGCUGAAUGCCAGCUCUGUUGGCAUGGCCAAGGCUGCCCUGGAGGCACUGGAUGAGCUGGAUCUGUUUGGAGCAAAGGGGGGCCCGCAGUCGGUGAUACGGGUGCUGUCGGAUGAGGUGCAGCACUGCCAGUCCAUCCUGCACUCCAUGCUGCCCAGGGCCUCCUCGUCCAAGGAGGUGGAUGCCAGCGUGCUCUCUGUCAUCUCCUACCCGGCGUUCGCUGUGGAGGACAACGAGCUGGUGGAAAUCACCAAGCAGGAGAUAAUCACAAAGCUGCAGGGGCGCUACGGCUGCUGCCGCUUCCUCCGGGAUGGAUACAGGACCCCCAAGGAGGACCCCAACCGCCCCUACUAUGAACCUGCUGAGCUGAAGCUGUUUGAGAACAUUGAGUGUGAGUGGCCUCUCUUCUGGGCCUACCUGAUCAUCGAUGGGAUUUUCAGUGGAAACAUGGAGCAGGUGCAGGAGUACCGGGAAGCCCUUGAGGGGGUUCUCAUCAAGGGGAAGAACGGGGUGCGUCUGGUGCCAGAGCUCUACAGUGUCCCUCCAGAGAAGGUGGAAGAGGAGUACAGGAACCCCCACACCGUGGACAGGGUACCCAUGGGCAAGCUGCCACUCAUGUGGGGACAGUCCCUCUACAUCCUGGGCUGCCUGAUGGCCGAGGGGUUUCUAGCUCCAGGUGAAAUAGAUCCCCUCAACCGCCGCUUUGCCACAGUCCCGAAGCCCGAUGUGGUGGUCCAAGUGUGCAUCCUGGCAGAGACCGAGGGGAUCAAGGCUGUGCUGAGGAAGGAGGACAUCGACGUGGAAACUGUGGCUGAUGUCUACCCCAUCAGAGUGCAGCCUGCUCGGAUCCUCAGCCACAUCUAUGCCCGUCUGGGCCGCAACAAGCAGAUGUGCCUGACAGGACGGCCCUACCGGCACAUGGGCGUCCUGGGGACCUCCAAGCUCUACAAAAUCAGGAAGAACAUCUUUUCCUUUACCCCACAGUUCAUAGACCAGCAGCAGUUCUACCUGGCUCUUGACAACAAGAUGAUUGUGGAGAUGCUGAGGACAGACCUCUCGUACCUGUGCAGCCGCUGGCGGAUGACGGGGCGGCCGACCAUCACCUUCCCCGUGUCCCACACCAUGCUGGAUGAGACUGGCAGCAACGUGCACCCCACGGUGCUGGCAACGCUGCGGAAGCUGCAGGACGGCUACUUCGGCGGUGCAAGGAUCCAGACGGGUAAGUUGUCGGAGUUCCUGACAACGUCGUGCAGAACACACCUCAGCUUUAUGGACCCUGGGCCAGAGGGUAAGGUCUUUGCCAGGAGCUACGAGCUCAGCAUGGGCAGCUGUGAGGAGCUGCACGCCGAGGAGUGGCUGCAUGGCUUGCAGGUAGCAGAGGAUGCAGACACGUAUGACGAGGUUGCUCAGUACCUGGACCACCUCCUGCAGCGCACGGUUCCUCAGUCCAACCUGCCUCCCACAGCCCAGCCCGGGGGGCUGAGCCGCUUCCGCGCUGCCGUCCACACCACCCGCGACCUCAUUUCCCUGGCGACCAAGGCCAAGGACCUUCAUGUGCAGAAUGUCGGGAUGUAUGUCCCCAGCAAGAUCUUCCAGGCGUCCCAGCAGUCAGUUAAGCUGCUGAGUUCACCUCACCAGCACGACGUGGAAGGCAAGAGCCACGCUCUCUAUGCAGAGAUGAACCUGCCCCACGAUCAGGACGGCAACGUGGACUGCAAGGCGCUGGUGGACCAGCUGCGUGUCUGCCCCACGCUGCAGGAGCAGGCAGACAUCCUCUACAUGCUGCACAUCCUCAAGGGCCCGGAGUGGCACACGGGGCUGGACAGCGAGCCCGGCCCCACGGUGAAGGAGCUGCUGACCGAGCUGUACGUGCGCGUGGGCGACACGCGCCAGUGGGCCCUGAUCCGCUACAUCUCCGGCAUCCUCAAGAAGAAGGUGGAAGCUCUGGAUGAGGCCUGCACUGACCUCCUGUCUCACCAGAAGCACUUGACAGUGGGGCUGCCCCCGGAGCCCCGGGAGAAGACGAUCUCUGCCCCGAUCCCCUACGAGGAGCUCGUUCGCCUCAUCGACGAAGCCAGCGAGAAGAACCUCAGCGUGGCCAUCCUCACCCAGGAGAUCAUGGUGUACUUGGCCAUGUACAUGCGGACGCAGCCCGCGCUCUUCGCUGAGAUGUUCCGCAUCCGCAUCGGGCUCAUCAUCCAGGUGAUGGCCACGGAGCUGGCGCACUCCCUGCGCUGCUCAGCUGGAGAAGCCACUGAGAACCUGAUGAAUCUCAGCCCGUCAGACAUGAAGAGCCUCCUCUACCACAUCCUCUCUGGCAAGGAGUUUGGAGUGGAAAAGAGUGUGCGAUCGGUCGACUCGUCCGUCACCACCGCGAUCUCCAUCCGUGAGGUGGGGGCUGUCGGGGCCACCAAGCCCGAGCGAGCUGGCAUUGUCAGUCUGAAGAGUGAGAUCCAACAGCAACUGGAUAAACGUAGGCGGUCUCUGUCUGGGAGUAAGCCCCUCAGUCUGCAGUCUGAGGACACCGACCUGAAGGCCUCUCUGUCCGCUGGGCACUCGGAGCAGCUGGACAAGGGCUCCUUUUGUGGAGGAGCAAUGCUGGAAGAGCAGGGCAGUAAGGACAGCCGGCAGGGCCAGUGGCAGCGGAGACGGCGGCUGGACGGGGCCCUCAACCGUGUCCCUGUGGGCUUCUAUCAGAAGGUCUGGAAGGUCCUGCAGAAGUGCCAUGGCCUCUCCGUGGAGGGCUUCGUUCUCCCCUCUUCAACAACCAGAGAGAUGACCCCAGGGGAAAUGAAGUUUGCCGUGCACGUGGAGUCAGUCCUCAACCGUGUGCCCCAGCCAGAGUACAGGCAGUUGCUGGUGGAGGCUAUCUUAGUGCUCACCAUGCUUGUGGACAUGGAGGUGCAAACCAUCGGCAGCAUCAUAGCCGUGGAAAAGAUCCUGCACAUGGCCAAUGACCUCUUCUAUGAGGAGCAGAAAGCCCUGGGCGCUGGGGACUGCAUGCUGGAGAGGGACCCUGCGACGGGCGUCUGCAGCCUGCUGUACGACAGCGCGCCCAGCGGCCGCUUCGGCACCAUGACCUACCUGUGCAAGGCCGUGGCCAUGUACGUGUACGACUUCCUGCCCCCCGACGGCUGCUCCAUGCAGUAGCCUCGCAGCAGCUCCGGCUGCAGCUCUCACGGGAGGGUUGUUUUGUAGAGCUUCUGAAGAUGAGCAGUAGGGUAGUUUGCAGUCAGCACACGUGUGGCCAGCGGCCCCUCGAGCCCUGGCCUCAAGCUGGGGGAGCAAGCUCCCCGAGGAGCUGCAGAGGAGGCACACACAGCACAGCAGGCUGACCUGCACAGCACAGCAGGCUGACCUGCACAGCACAGCAGCUGACCUGCACAGCACAGCAGGCUGACCUGCACAGCACAGCAGGCUGACCUGCACAGCACAGCAACUGUCCUGCACAGCAGGCUGACCUGAACAGCACAGCAACUGUCCUGCACAGCACAGCAGGCUGACCUGCACAGCACAGCAGGCUGACCUGCACAGCACAGCAGGCUGACCUGCACAGCACAGCAGGCUGACCUGCACAGCAGGUGAGGGCAGGCAGGGAAAGGCUGAGCUUUGAAGCCUGCUUGGACUAGAUGCUUCUGCCUGCACAGCUCCUCCUGGGCCUCACCCCCUGGAGAGGUCUGUGUUUGAGGGAGAUGGGAAGGGGGCCCCCUCACCAGCCAUGUGUGCUUGACACUGCAGCUCUCCCUGCCUCUAGCAGGUUUGAGGUUUUUAACCUGUUCUGUGCUGCUUUUUAUUCCACAUCUGCAGGGUUUGUACUAGUGUAGGCUGGAGCUCUUGUUCUCCCUGCUACUGCUGGAAAAGCCUUGUUAGAGGAAUAUCUCUCCCAGGAUAUCCAAAAUCGCAGCAGCCUACCCCAGGCACAGCUGUGCUGCUUGGAAGCAGGCAGCUCAUCAUGCCCCACACAGGGAUCUUGUGUGCAGAGCUGGGGAGGCUGUGCAAGCCAGGAGCAUCCCAAGGUAACAGAUCCUUGUUACAAUCAAGCUGUGAGGACACAGCUUUGGCCUGGCUGGGAGAUGCCAGUAGCCCCUCUGUCCUGUCUACUCUAUCCCUAUGCCCAAGUCACAGGUUCCUGAGUUCAUAGGUGUGCCCUGUGAGGCUGCUUGGCUUGGCAUUAGCUGUGCUGUCACUGAUGUGCUCUUAACACUCAUCCCUGCCUCUGUCCCUGCUCCCACUGAAGGGAGGUGGUGACUUGAGAGUGAGUCUCAGCUCUGCUCUGUUCUAUAGGGACUGACAGGGAUCAGGCACACACACCACAAAGUGGUGGUGGGAGUCGUAGAAUAGUUGGAAGGGACCUUUAAAGGUCAUUUAGUCAACCCUUCCUGCAAUGAACAGGGACAUCUUUCAAGUAGAUCAGGUUGCUCAGAGCCCCAUCCAACCUGACCUUGAAUGUUUCCAGGGAUGUGGCCUCUACCACCUCUCAGGGCAACCUGUGGCAGUGUCUCACCACCCUCAUGGUAAAGAAUUUAUUCCUUAGACCUAGUUUGAAUCUACCCUCUUUUAGUCUAAAGCCAUUACCCUUGUCCUAUUGCAACAAGCUCUGCUAAACAGUGCAUCUUUUCCACAAGCCCCCUUUAAGUAUUGAAAGGCUGCAGUACAGUCUCCCUGGAGCCUGCUGUUCUCCAGGCUGCUGACCCUCAACUCUCUCAGCCUUUCCUCCAGGCAGAGGGGUUCCAGCCCUCAGACUGUUCCCGUGGCCUCCUCUGGACAUGUUCCAGCAGCUCCCUGUCCUCGCAGUGCUCCAGGGGAUCUGACCAGUGUGGAGCAGAAGGGGAGAAUCCCCCCAGUGGCCUGUCUGGCUGUGCUGCUGUAGCCCAAGGCAGGGCUGGCUUUUGGGGCUGCCAGUGCACUUUACCUGCUCAUGUCCAGCUUUUCACCCACCCUUUAUCCCCAAGUCCUCCACGGGGUUGCUCCCAAAACAGCCAUCUCCCAGCUUGUAGUGAUCCAGGGGGUUGCCAUGAGUCAGGUGCAGGACCUGGCACUUGGCCUUGCAUGUCAUGAGGUUCACAUGAGCCUGCUUAUCAAGCUUGUCCUGGUCCCACCUGCCAUCCCAUCCCUAAGGUGUCAACCACGCCAGUCUGCUUGGUGUCACCAUCUAACUCGCUCAGGGCACACGUCAUGCUGCUCUGUCACUGGUUAUAUGAAACAGUACUGGUCCAAAUACACACCCCUGAGGGACACCACUCGUUGCUGGUCUCCACCCAGACAUGAGAGCUGUUGACUGCUACAGUCUGGAUGCGACUAUCCCCUGUUCACUGAACAUCCAUCCAUCCAUCCAUCUCUCCACUCCAUCCAUCCACUUCAUCCUUCUCCAAUUGAGAGAGGAGGAUGUGGGGCCAUGACAAGGCCUUACAGAAGUCCAGGUGACAGCUAUAGCUCUUUUGUCUCUGGAUGUAGUCACUCAAUCACAGAAGGCCAGUAGGUUGGUCAGGCAGGAUUUGCUCUUGCUGAAGCCAUACUGGCUGUCUCGAGUCACCUCCCAGUCCUCCACGGGCCUUAGCAUGGCUCCUAGGAGGAUCUGUUGCAGAUGUUCCCAGGUAGGGAGCUGAGGCUGACCAGUCAGUAGCUCCCAGGGUCCUCCUCUUUCAUGUGCCAUGUUUCCCUUUUUCCAGUCACCAGGGACUUUGCCUGGCUGCCCUGACUUCUCAAAUCUCACGGAGAGGGGCUUGGCAACUCCACCAGCCAGUUCUCAGGUCUCUGGGAUACAUCUCACCAAGUCCUGCAGACUGAUGUAUGUUCAGGUUCCUUGGGUGGUCACGAGCCUUAUCUCUACAGGGGGAGGGAAGCUGCUCCCCUAGUCCCUGUCUUACAACCCCAUCCACUCGAGAGGUAUGGGAAGAGAGGUAGCCAGCAAAAACAGGCCGAAAAAGAGAAGAGGAGAACAGCUGUUGUCUCCUUAUCUGUUGUUACCAGUUUGCUAGUGUUGUUCUUAGGGCUUGUGGUUUCUCUGACCUUCCUUUUCUGGCUGACGUGUCCAUAGAAGCCCUUGCUACUCUGUGCCUCUUGCCAGGUUCAGCCACAACCGUGCCUUAGCCUUCGUGCCUUGGGCAAAUUAAUUUAUUACCAGUCGAAUUAGAGUAGGAUGAUGAGAAAUAAAACUAACUAUUGAAACACCUCCCCCCAGCCUCCCUUCUUCCCAGGCUUCAUGCACAGGUUGUUUCCUUCUUCCCCCUCGCUGUGGGGGAGGUCUCCUCACCCCCUGCCUCAGCCUGGGGUCCCUCCCGUGGGACACCUUCCUCAC